AUGGCUUUGAACUUAAAAUAAUUUAUGAAAAAUCCAUGUUAAGCAGUUUCCCGAAGAACUCCCUUCAGAACGGUUGUUAAGUUUUUGAAAAAGAAUAAGAUUCGGUUAAAGUAUUACAACAUUUUUUAGAGGGAAACUGGACUAACCUUCAAGAUUUUAAUUCGAACCCCUUUACGACUGAAGUGAUAACAAAAUAAAUCCUCACCAUGGGGGACAUGUUCCGGAGUGAGCAAAUGCUCCUUUGCCAAAUGUUUAUACAACCAGAAUCGGCAUACAACUCAGUUUCAGAAUUGGGAGAAGCUGGGUGUGUCCAAUUUCGUGAUUUAAACGAUGGCGUCAGUUUAUACCAACGAAAAUUCGUCACCGAAGUACGUCGCUGUGAUGAAUGGGAGCGAAAAAUUCGCUACAUUGAAACCGAAUUGAAAAAAGAUGGAAUUGUUUUAAAAGAAAUCAUCGACGAUAUACCACGUGCACCAAAUCCAAGAGAAAUCAUCGAUUUAGAAGCACAUUUGGAAAAAACCGAAAAUGAAAUUCUCGAAAUGGCUCAAAACGAAGUUAAUUUAAGAUCAAAUUUCUUAGAACUUACCGAAUUACGUCAAGUUUUAGAAAAUACUGAAGCUUUCUUUGAUGAUCAAGAAGUUCUGAAUUUAGAUGCAAGUCGUAAAAGUAUAACUGGUGAAGAUUUCAUUGCCAAUCAAAAUCGUGGCCGUUUAGCUUUUGUUGCUGGAGUUAUUAAACGGGAACGUAUAUAUUCCUUUGAGAGAAUGUUGUGGAGAAUUUCGAGAGGAAAUGUUUUUCUAAAGCGUGCUGAUUUAGAGCCUACAAAAGAUCUAGCCACUGGACAUAUGAUUCACAAAACUGUCUUCGUUGCUUUCUUCCAAGGAGAAGAACUGAAAAAUCGCAUCAAGAAAGUUUGCGCUGGAUUCCAUGCAUCCAUGUAUCCAUGUCCAAGUUCACAUAAUGAACGCAUGGAAAUGAUCAAAGGUGUUCGAACACGUUUGGAAGACUUGAAAUUGGUUCUAAGUCAAACCGAUGAUCAUCGAGCAAGAGUGUUGGCUACUGUAUCAAAGAACUUACCAACCUGGACCAUCAUGGUUAAAAAAAUGAAAGCCAUUUACUACACUUUAAACCUCUUUAACGUCGAUGUAACCCAAAAAUGCUUGAUCGGUGAGUGUUGGGUCCCUACCAAUGACUUGACAAUCGUUCAAAAAGCCCUAGCCGAUGGCUCAGCACAAGUCGGAAGCUCAAUUCCAUCGUUUUUGAAUGUUAUCAAGACUAACGAACCUCCACCGACUUACAAUCGUACCAAUAGAUUCACUCAAGGCUUCCAAAACCUCAUCGAUGCUUAUGGAAUAGCUUCCUACCGUGAAGCUAACCCGGCCUUGUAUACAAUCAUAACUUUCCCAUUCUUGUUCGCUGUGAUGUUUGGAGACGUUGGACACGGUUCGAUUAUGCUCCUUUUCGGAGCAUGGAUGUGCAUUUGGGAAAAGAAACUAUCAAGAACACGAGGCGGUGGCGAGGUCUGGAAUAUCUUCUUCGGUGGACGUUAUAUAAUUUUACUCAUGGGCAUGUUUUCCAUUUACACGGGAUUCAUCUAUAACGAUUUAUUCUCGAAAUCCAUGAAUAUAUUUGGAUCAGUUUGGGUAAAUAAUUUCACAUCCUCUGAUAUGAUCUUACCGUAUCCAUCUUUGCAAUUCAAUCCGACAAAUUUCACCGAAGGUGUAUAUCCUUUCGGAAUGGAUCCCAUCUGGCAGCUGGCUGAGAACAAAAUUAUCUUCCAAAAUUCCUACAAAAUGAAAUUGUCCAUCAUUUUCGGAGUUACUCACAUGUUGUUUGGUAUUUUUAUGAGCACAAUAAAUCAUGUGCAUUUCCGAAAAUGGUCAAACUUAUUCUUUGACUUUGUACCACAAGUUUUGUUCUUGGUGCUUUUGUUCGGUUACAUGGCAUUUAUGAUGAUCUUUAAGUGGUUCAAGUACGAUGCCAAGACUUUAAUUCAAGAAAAUACUCCAGGAUGUGCUCCAUCGGUGUUGAUUAUGUUUAUUAAUAUGAUGCUUUUGGGUCACAAUAAACCACUGCCAGGGUGUAAGGAGCUUAUGUUCGAGGGACAGGGUUUGUUGCAGAAUGUAUUUUUGGUAGUGGCAGUGAUUUGUAUACCUUGGAUGUUGUUGGCGAAGCCUAUAUAUCUUAUGAUAACUCGAGGUAAACCAAGGGUUCAUCGCGAUGAAGAUGACGAUAGCUCGAUGAUGGUUGGGGAACAUGAAGAUGAACCAAUGAGUGAGAUUUUGAUUCAUCAAGCUAUCCAUACAAUUGAGUAUGUUCUGAGUACAAUUUCACAUACUGCUUCUUAUUUGCGUCUUUGGGCUUUAUCGCUGGCUCAUGCUCAACUUUCUGAAGUCCUUUGGGGUCAACUUUUGAAUAUUGGAUUUGGAUUUUCGUCACCUGUUAUUGGUUCCAUAGCAAUUUGGGUGAUUUUUGCUAUUUGGGCAUUCUUUACAAUGGCUAUAUUGGUUAUGAUGGAAGGAUUAUCAGCAUUUUUGCAUACUUUGCGAUUGCAUUGGGUGGAAUUCAUGAGCAAAUUUUAUGGUGGUUUGGGUUAUAUAUUUACACCAUUUAGCUUUGAAAAACUUCUAAGUGAAGAAGAAGAAGAUUGAUUUAUAUUGAAAUUAUUUUUAUUAAAGAAAGUCUCGAUAUUAUCAAAAUCUAAAAAAACAUUAAGUUUUUAAUAAAAUUUUUAAUAAAUU